AUGAUUCCCCCAUAGGGGGCGGUAAUGCAACAGAGUGUUGAAUGAGGAGCCGGUUGAGAAGAAAAGAAGACGAAAAAGAUGGCUGCCAACAUAAAGGCGUCGGUGGCAGUUGAAGAUGUUAAAGUUACUUAUGAAGAUCAGCAGAAGAUAAACAAAUUCGCCAGGAACAACAGUCGAAUGAGGGAGCUCAAAGAUGAGAUUGAGACAAAGAAAAAAUCCUUGCAGAACCUCCAGGACGCCAGUGAUGACUUAAUGUUGUUAGAUGACGACUCUGUAUUAAUUCCUUAUCAAAUUGGUGACGUCUUUAUCAGUCACAACCAGGAAGAAACACAAGAGAUGUUGGAAGCUGCUAAGGAAGCACUGAAUGAGGAGGUCAAAGGCCUUGAGGGGCGUGUGUCGUCGAUACAGCAGAUGUUGGAUGAUUUGAAGGUGCAGCUCUAUGCCAAAUUCGGUAACAACAUUAACCUGGAGGCGGAUGAAAACUGAACAGUGAAACAGAUGUUGACAGCUGCAGCAAAA